UGUUUGGUGAGACUCUGUCGGUGCUGGCAGCCGCCGUGGCUGGGGAUGGCGGACGCGACGGGGGCUUUGAGCGGGGAAGACAAGGAGGAGGAUGGGGGGAGGAAGUCGGCAGCGUCUAGGCCCGCGGAGACGCUUGGUUUUUACGAGAGUGAUGGGAGUCGGCUAGAAAGGAAGAAGCGGACUCUGUCAGAUCUUUCCUUGUUGAGGUUCAUCAGCGCCGAGCUGACGAGAGGUUAUUUUCUUGAACACAAUGAAGCCAAAUACAAAGAGAGAAGAGAGCGUGUGUACACCUGCUUGCGGAUACCCAGAGAGCUGGAAAAGUUGAUGCUUUUUGGGUUCUUCCUGUGCUUGGAUGCGUUUUUGUAUGUCUUCACGCUACUCCCCCUGAGGGUUCUCCUGGCUGUGGUUAGGUUCGCUACUCUGCCUUGUUGUGGGUUAAGCAAUGGGCGUCUGUUGCAGCCUGCGCAAGUAUGUGACGUUUUGAAGGGCGUCAUCAUGGUCAUCUGCUAUUUCAUGAUGCACUAUGUCGACUACUCUAUGAUGUACCACCUGAUACGAGGCCAAUCUGUCAUAAAGCUUUAUAUAAUUUACAAUAUGCUGGAGGUAGCAGACCGUCUCUUUUCAUCUUUUGGACAAGACAUUUUGGAUGCCCUCUACUGGACGGCAACCGAACCCAAGGAGAGGAAGCGAGCCCACAUUGGUGUUAUUCCUCAUUUCUUCAUGGCUGUAUUGUAUGUGUUUCUUCACGCCAUCCUUAUACUAGUGCAAGCGACAACUCUCAAUGUGGCAUUUAACUCUCACAACAAGUCGCUGCUCACCAUCAUGAUGUCCAACAACUUUGUUGAAAUAAAAGGAAGUGUUUUCAAGAAGUUUGAGAAAAACAAUCUCUUCCAGAUGUCAAACAGUGAUAUAAAAGAGCGAUUUACCAAUUACGUUCUCCUGCUGAUUGUGUGUCUGCGAAAUAUGGAGCAGUUCUCCUGGAACCCAGAUCACCUGUGGGUGCUGUUUCCCGAUGUGUGCAUGGUGAUCGCGUCUGAGAUUGCUGUUGAUGUCGUAAAACACGCCUUCAUAACCAAAUUUAAUGACAUCACUGCCGACGUGUAUAGUGAAUACAGAGCCAGCCUCGCCUUUGAACUUGUAAGCAGUCGCCAGAAAAAUGCUUACACCGACUACAGUGACUCUGUGUCCAGGAGAAUGGGAUUUAUUCCUCUCCCGUUAGCUGUGCUGCUCAUCAGGGUGGUGACCAGCUCGAUAAGGGUACAGGGAGUGUUGGCCUACACAUGCGUUGUCCUCUUCUAUUUUGGGCUUAUAACUUUAAAAGUCCUUAACAGCAUUGUUUUGCUUGGGAAAUCGUGUCAGUAUGUCAAGGAAGCAAAAAUGGAAGAGAAGUUGUUCCAGCAGCCUUUUACAAGCAUGCCUGGGAAGACACCCAAAAAAGCCAAAAGCAAAUCCAAAACUAAACAAGGGAUCCCUACAGAUGAAACGGCUAGUGCUUCCGUCACCAGUCAACCGAUGCGCCAAGCAAGUACAACACCGCUCCUUGUGGAAAGCAGCUCUGAUCAGUUCCUGACUACACCCGAUGGUGACGAGAAAGAAAUUACGCAAGAGAAUUCCGAACUCAAACACAGAUCUGCCAACAAGGAUCUGCUUGACAUAGACAGGUUCACCAUCUGCGGAAACAGAAUAGACUGAUGCGUUUUCGGGAUGCUUUGUGGUGCCACAGAGUGAUUGCUGAGAUUGACCCUCGGAUAUUUAUUUUCCCAUUUUAAGUUAUUUCUACACCGUAAACGUCCCUCGACAGAUAAAAUAGUCCCGGUGUUGCGUUCCAGCAGUCGUAACGUAUUCUAAAAUAGUGGAGAAUGGCAGGCUUCUACCGAAAGCUUUUUGAGCGUGCUAGCGAGGAUGAGUUGGAGCGAAUCCUUCAACGGGGGAGAGACUUUGCAGGUGAAUGCCGAAGUUAAUUUUUUCUUUUAUCCUGGAUGAUUUACAAAGAAGGAAGGGCACUUUAGGAAGAGGAAUUUUACAGAAUUUUACUUCUAAUGUGUGGACAGUCUC